CCAGUCCGACACUGGCUCUAUUUGUCUCUCUGCUGUGCAGGCCAGAAGAAUGACUUACAAAAUACAUUUCACAUCAGUUGUUAAGUCUAUUGUGUGUUGAAUUAUUUGGAACAAUAUACUGAUAAGCUGUUCUUUUAUCUAUAUGGCAUGAAGCUCAUGUACUGAUUAAUAUCAAUAUGUUUGGACACAAACACGUAUGAUUAAAUGAGCAUGUACAUUUUCGUCUGUUGGUUCAUCUGGAUUUUGUUUUUUGUUUUUUUGUUUUUUCCUAUCUAGGUCCUAGCAAUGGUGACUUUCAUAUACCUGCUGAUUGCUACCCACCUUCUGUUUGUGGGUGCCACUUGUCCUACUCUGUGUAACUGUGAUUUGAAAGAUGCAAUUAUUUGCAGAGGAACAUCUAUUAAAGACAUUGGCUCAUUACUUCUUCCAUCUAACUUUACAUACAUUCAUAUAAUGGAAACCCUUGCAACAGAGAUAACAGAUAAAAGCUUUGGUAACAUGCCGGUCACGUUACGUCUUCGCUUGGAGGCCAAUCACUUGACUUCCAUAACCAGAAAUGCAUUUAAAAGUUUUCCUCAUUUAAAAAGCCUGAAACUUACAGACAACAAGUUAAAGACCUUGCCCGCUGGUAUGUUUGAUUCAUUAAUUAGCCUGGAGCAGUUGUUUCUUGAUAAGAAUUGUUUGUCUAGCCUUCAUCCAAACCUGUUUUGCUGUUUGCAGCAUCUAGAAGAACUUAUCUUGAACAGGAACCAGCUAACCAGUUUGCCAGAUGAGCUAUUAAAGAAUCUCACAAAGCUUAUAAGUUUAAAUCUGUCCAGGAAUAAAAUAUCACAUUUGCCUAUGAGCAUUUUCAGCUCCUUGACUAAACUCAAAAAACUGUUCCUCUAUGAUAAUCAGCUGGUAACCAUCACUUCUUCAGCAUUCAAUAAACUAGGGGAACUGUUAGAUCUUGCUCUUUACUCAAAUUCUAUCCAGUUCGUUGCUCAAGAUGCAUUUUAUCAUCUUCCUAAACUGCAGUCAUUAAAACUCUCCAAAAAUAAGUUGCAGUUAUUGCCUUAUGGACUCUUUCUGCAUUUGCCUCAGUUGUCUACAUUGACACUCUAUGAUAAUCCUCUCAAAGAACUCCCUGAUGUGCUCUUUGGUAAAAUGGAAAAUCUGACUUCUUUGUGGCUGUAUAAUACCCACCUUACAACCAUUCCAAACUUUGUUUUCUGCAAUCUGACUAAUUUGCAGCUACUGGUGCUGACUAGAAAUGCACAGCUUGACAGUCUCCCAAAGGAAGCAUUCAGUGGUCUGAAUAAUCUCUUGGAACUAUCCUUACAUUCAAAUAAUCUAUCAUCCAUUGACAACGAUGUCUUCCAAAAUCUUCAACUACUUGAAAAACUUUCUCUUUACAGUAACAACCUUAAGGUUCUUUCGGAGAAUAUGUUUUACAAUCUUACUAAACUUCAAAUUCUUCACCUGAAUAACAGCAAUCUGCACACCCUCCCAGGGCAGAUAUUUCAAGAAUUACCCAGUCUGCAAAUGGUCUAUCUCCACAGUAAUCCCUGGGCAUGUUACUGUGAGCUUACAGAUUUUAAGAUGUGGUUUCAGCAAAACCAAAAUAAAGUAUAUAAUCCAAUGUCACUUGUUUGUGAUACCCCAUUUACACUGAGCAAUAUAUCUGUCCUGGCUGCUGGUGAAUCUAUAUGCCACUAUACAACAGCCAAACAGAACAACCUUGAUACAACUGCAAACUCACAGACAACCAGCAACAUCCAAAGCACUUACUCCUAUAAUAACAUAGAAUUUACUAAUGUUAAAACACAACCUAUUAGCUACACCACAUCUCCAACUGCAACCACAUGGGAGACCAGAACCAUAAAAAACACAGUCUUCUUUGUGAUGAUUCCCACCACCGCUAUACAAGACCUCAAUGCAGGUGUACUCAAACCCAUACCCUACGUGUCUAAUGUUCCUUAUAACAAAAUUAUUUUUUUUCUGCAUCUUUUUAAUACUGUAUUGCAAAUGUUUGCUCUAUUUUUGUGUUCUGUUUUGUUGGUCUUGAUGAGGAGGCUCAAUAAUUACUUUGAGGGUUUGACAGAACCUGUGGUUUUAUUACGCAUACUAAUACCAUUGGAUCCAGUACCCUAAGAUCUGCUGAGGUAGCAAAGGUUCCUUUCAAAGCCUAAUAUUUCCAACAACAAAGAGAAAUAAUUACAAAAAUAUUUUGUUAAACUUUGAAAAAUGUGGCAGGUCCAAUACACUUCAGCUGGAGAAGCCAUUUGGCAGUAGACAGUUUUCUUGCAAAGACUACAGUUUCUUUUACCAGCGUGGUUAGUUGUGUAAUUAAAAUAGCUCAUAUUUACUGUAACUAGGCCUUUCAUUUUAGUUUUGUAGCUAACUUCGAAAGCUUACUUUUCAAGAAUUUCAUUAAAAGGUGUAUGUCUUGCUAUAAUAAUAAUCCACUGUUUUUUCUUGUUUAUAAAUUAAUUAACCUAAUAUUUUCAGGCUGCAGCCUGCACAGUCAUACUGUGGCAUUUCAGAUGCUCUUACUGGCUAGUUCUAGCAUGAGUUACAGGGUACCAAUCACCUUAAGAAAUUUGAAAUUCUUAUUUGUUGGGUUUGUAAAGCAAAAUAAAUGUUACUUACAUUAUAUAUGUUA